AUGACAUGCACUCAGAAUGACGUGCAUCCAACACUGUCCAUGCACUGCCCCGCGCGCACUGCCUUGCCCGUGCUCUGCCCCGCAAACUGCACCUGCCCGUACGCUGCCCCGCGCGCCGCACCUGCCCGGGCACGCUGCCCUGCCCGCGCACUGUUCCGCGUGCCGCACCUGCUCGUACACUGCCCCAUGUGCCACGCCUGCCUGCACGCGCUGCUCUGCCCGUGCACUACCUCGUGCGCCGUGCCUGCCCGCACGCUGCCCCGUAUGCUGCCUCGCGCACCGUGCCUGCCCGUGCGCGUUGCCCUACCGUCGCUACCUGACGUGCAGCUGCCCGCAAGGGCAAGGGGGGCAAGGGCGCUGGAGGAGCUGGCGGGGGCGGUGGAGGUGGCGGUGGAGGCGGCGGAAGGAGUGGGGGUGGUGGAGGGAGCGGUGGAGGGGGUGGGGGUACAGGUGGCGCCAGUGGUGGAGGGAGCGGAGGAGGCGGCGGUAGCGGAGGCGGCGGUGGUGGUGGAGGCGGCGGUGGUGGCGGAGGCGGCGGAGGGGGCGGAGGUGGAGGUGGAGCUGGUCGCGGGGCGGGAGUAG